UUGAAAAUUUACAUCACCAUUAUUCAAUUAAUUUAUGCAUGCUUUAUCUUCUUUUUCUCUCACUAAUCUAGAUGAAUAUUAGGUUUUUGAUUUUUGAUAAUUAUAAUGUUUGUAUUUUUGGAUUAUUUAUCUGUAGAUUUUUUAUAGUUUCAAAAUUCCUACUUGUGAUUUUUAAUUUAUAUUCGUUUAUUUCAAACCAAAAGAAUCGUAAAAGUAAUUUAUUAUUGUAAAAUUAUCGCCAAUACAUCAUUCUGAUGAAAUUGUGUGUAAAAAUCAUGACAAUUUUUUUGUUUUUGUUUUGUUUUAGACGCGAGGGCUAAAACUUACUCCCACAUUUUUAUUUUUAUGAUGAUUGCUAUUUGUUAUCUAAAUAUUUUCACCAAAAUUUUUACUUUCUAUGUGGGUUCUUGUUUGACAUAUUCCACCUUUUUUAUUUAUUUAUUUAUUUUAAAUAUGCUGGCUUUGCAUAUACAUAUGACAUUUAUUAUAUAACUACACAUAGAAGGAGAAGUAAAGAGGUAGAAUAAAUACUAUGAUAAAUUACAUUUCUCUUUUGUUUUUUUAUUUAUUCUUAAAUGAUUUAUAUUUUUUUGGAAUAAAUUUAUAACCAAUAUCACAAACAAAAAAAAGUUAAAACCCUUAAAAGUCUACGGUAAUUAAUCCACAAUUACACGAACAAGUUACAUAUUAAUUUUUAAUUUAUUAUAAAUUCAACCAUUAAAAAUCAACUAUUUUACCAUGUCGUUAGAAAUGAUUUAUGAAUUUUAAGUUAUAAAUAUUUACCAGUAUCUUAGUACGAGACUGCUUAAUAUGUUUCUUCGUAAACUUUGAGGUUUCAUUUACGUCUCAUAGACAUUAGGUCGAUAAUUUUAAUGGGCAAUUACUAUAAUACCAAAGCCAAAAAAUCUCAGAACUUAAAGUCAUUUUAAACUCUCAAAAAACUAUCUCUCUCUCUCUCUCUCUCUCUCUCUCUCUCUCUAAACUCCAUCAGUACAAAACUCUCUCUCUCUCUCUCUCUCUCUCUCAAUACAACAAAAACAAUGAAUAAGCCAUUUUCAGCAUUGUUGUUCCUUGUCAUGUUUUGGGUAGUACAAGUAGAACAAACAGCAUCUUCUCUCCUACACCAAAAGCUCUACGAGUUCCAAACAAAGCUUCAACACAAGAAAACAUCCUCCUCUAGCAUAUCCGCGAUGCCGUCCCCCUCUCUGCUGCUCCCAAAUUCCAUAAAGAGUAGUGGGAGAGUAUUCUAUCCAAUUGGGUAUGGAGCAGACCCAAGUGGGGCGCAAGAUAGCAGUGAUGCAAUAAUGAAUGCUUUGGGUGAUGCUUUCUUGCAAGUGCAAAGUGGGCUUGAGUUGUUGCCUGGAAUCAAAGAUUUGGGAGGUGUUGUCAUUGAUUUUCAAGGUGGGAAUUACAGUAUAAGCAAUCCCAUUAGGUUCCCUUCUGGUGUAGGCAAUGUCCUGAUACAAGGAGGCACUUUGAGAGCGUCAAACACAUUUCCUGGAGAUAGACAUCUAAUUGAACUAUGGGCACCAAAUUCUCAGCCACUUAACAAUACAACUUCUUCUGAUCCUCUAUCUGGCCAAGAAAAUCAAAACUAUGGAAUCUACUAUGAGGACAUCACCUUCCGCGACAUCCUCUUUGAUUCAAGCUUCCGAGGAGGAGGACUUCUGGUGAUCGAUUCAGCCAGGAUCCGCAUAAACAAUUGCUUCUUCCUCCAUUUCACCACUGAAGGAAUUCUAGUCGAAAGAGGCCACGAGACCUUCAUAUCAAGCUGCUUCCUCGGGCAACACUCAACAAUCGGAGGUGACAAAGAGGAGAGAGAUUUUUCGGGCACUGGCAUUGUUCUUGCUAGCAAUGACAACGCAAUCACAGAUGUCGUUAUCUUCUCAGCUGCCACAGGAAUUAUUUUAAAGGGUCAAGCUAACAUGGUCACCGGGGUACAUUGUUACAACAAGGCAACAUAUUUUGGAGGUGUUGGAAUUCUAGUUCAAGCUGCACAAACUAGAAUAGACAAUUGUUACCUAGAUUUCAAUGCUAUAGUGAUUGAAGACCCAUCUCAAGUCCAUGUUAGUAAUGGGUUUUUCCUUGGAGAUGGUAACAUUGUGUUGAAAUCAAUUAAAGGACAAAUCUCAGGGCUGACCAUAGUCAAUAACAUGUUUUGUGGGGCACCACAAAACAUGGUACCAAUUGUGAAGUUAGAGGGACAAUUCACAUCCAUUGAUCAAGUGGUCAUUGAUCACAACAAUGUGAAUGGGAUGAGUUUGAAAUCGACAGUGGCAAAAUUGGCGGUGGCGGGGAACGGGACAAGGUGGGUGGCAGAUUUUUCAUCGGUGUUGGUGUUUCCGAACCGGAUAAAUCAUGUCCAAUACUCAUUUUAUUUCUCUCCAGGGUUUGUAGGGUUUCCAGGACAUGGAGUGACAAACGUUUCAAGCAAUGUGGUGGUUGUGGAGAGUGAUAAGGCAGUUGAUGGGGUGGUUUUCAUGGAAGUUGAUCAAUAUAACAUGGUGGGAGAGAGAAACUUUCUCAUGUGAAGUAGAGAAAUUGUACAAUUCCAUUGAUUUUGGUUUCAUGAUAGAGUGAAAGUAAUUGAUUUUGAAUUCAAUAUAAAUGUUUUCACCUACUUUUUCAGUAUUUUGUUUUGACUAUAGUGUUGAUUUGACCAAUUUGUCUACGUUGGUUGGAUUCUUCUUAGGUACUAACAUUUUAUUAAUUAGUAGUUAUUGAAGUUGAUGAAAG